AUGGCUCGCUCCGACGAGGCGGCGGCGUUCUUCCAUGCCGUCUAUACCGCCAUACAAGAGAUUCCGCAAGGCAAAGUCACUACUUAUGGGCACAUAGCAAGGCUGAUCGGGACGCCCCAACGACCUCGACAGGUAGGGGUCUGUCUGAAACACCUCUCGCAGGACCCGAACAUGCGGUUCAACAGCACCACUGUUCCGUGGCAGAGGGUAAUCAACUCCAAAGGCACCAUCUCACCUAGGUCUCAGCCUUCUGGUACGCAGAACCAGGCAGCUGCUCUUCAAGCAGAAGGGGUCACGGUGACGACGGGUGCGUUGGGUGAGCUGAUGGUGGAUUUUGCAAUAUAUGGAUGGUUUCCCGACAUGUUGCCGUCGGAAACUGCUGGUGAAGAUCGAUUGACAGAGGAGGGAGAAUGA